GGCCGUGUCCUUCGGCGCUUUGUGCUCGUAUACGGUUUACCCCAGGCUGCCACACCCUAUCGACUUGCCAGCGAAUCAUCCAUGCGGCAGUCGUGGAGCCAGAACUCCAGCUACCCAAACUGCCGGGUCGUGAACAAUGAGGCCACACGAGCGGUUCCUUGUCCUUGUCCUUGUCCUCUUCGAAGCCGAAUCCUCAAGCUCAAGCCGAUGACCAUGUCUCGAAGCCCCCAACGUUGCUCGUUUCACGCCAGACGUUGCGUACCGUAUACGAUGAAAAGCCCGUUCGGAUGACUGUCAAAGGAUACGCACGCGACGCGCUCUCGACUUCUUUACUGAGUCUUUGUCGUUUAGGCCUCACUGUUGAACGGCUGCCCACCAACCUCCCAUGCCAAGACCCUUAACUGGCUGAAGGUUGUCACAGUUAUUUCUCGCCGUCGAAGGAAAAACUGACUGGUGGCGGCAGACGGUUUUCUCGUGGCGUUUCCCUGUCGAGUGGCAGCCUCAGCUUCUGCAGACCCUCAUCUCCCCAUCCUGUGAUCUACCAGCUACCCAGCCGUCCGGCUGAGGAAUCAUGACUAUCCAACCGGAAUCCUCAUCUCCGCACAACUCGGUGUAAGAUUUGUGGAGAUCUGCAUAGGACUACUGACCUGAAGUCGUAUCUCUAGUUCCUCGUGCAUGGACCGGCAUACGGCCAGACCAGUCUGCAGAAUCGUGGCCUCGCCGGCCUCGUCGGGGUUCGCGAUCCUAGUCUUUCGUGCAUACUGCAUACUUAUCAUAGCUCGUGCAUGUAUGUGCAUUGCCACAUGCACAAGUGGCUUCCGCACCAUUCGUCUAUUCUGGAUUUACCCUCUCGUUUCGAAUCAGCUCGUCUAGCCUCAUGGGGUUUUCAAAGGAGUCACCACUCGGGUGCUAGUACGUUACGGAGCCACGUUCUAGACCAUUCGUGUUUUAGCUGCCAAGCCUCACGGUCCCCGCGAAUCCAUCUCAGGUCUUCAGAGUAUGGGAAAUACUGCGGGGAGACACGAUCUCGGCCGACUUUUCAGAAAUAGUUCAUAAGUGCCGGGCUUCAUCGCGAUAUCUCGAUCAUAAUGAAGUUAUCCACCACUCUCAUCAUUCAUAGUCUGAUAUCUGGCAAACUGGUCUAGCCGACUCAGACAUACCUUCAUCAUGUAUUCGGCAAAGUCAAUCGUCUACGCGGCCUUGAGUGCUUCGGUCUCUCUCACAUCUGUACAAGCACAGGUUGCAGACUAUCCCUUCGACAUUAACGGAGCGUUCGAAGGUGCUUCUGCCAGCACAACAGAGUUCAACACCGGUGGCACCUUCAGGUGCAAUGGCCACGCCAUUACUGUACCAAAGAAUCUUCAAGUCACAUUUCCAGCGGCCUUCAUCCCUUUCAAGGAAUUUGUGGGCAGCAGUGGUGGCUAUACUGGCUACAACUGCGAGGUCACAGGCAAUGUUGUCAACGGGGUUCCCAUUGCUGCUCAGGUCUCAAUCGCCCAAACGCUUCUGAAUGGUGCCUCUGGUUUCGUUGAUAGCGUGAACACUGAUGGCCGGAUCAAGUUGACGGACGGAAGCACCAUCCGUAUCAACGAUCCUAACGCCAUCUACUCCGUUGGAUACACUUCCCAGCCUUUCUUCACUGCAGACGACGCCAAUCCAAGCAUCACCUCUUUCUCUGGCUUUCCCAUGUGCGUUCCGCGCAGCGCCACCGAUGCUCUCUGCCCUCAGUCCAACAGACCAGAUGUCACUCCUGGCGUUAAACAAGGACUUUUCAAAGCGCCUGAUGCCCUGGUCAUGGCUCCCAUUGUAGCUGGCGAUUUCGUGGAGUACUCUGGUGUUCAGUCUGGUAGCGAGAUCAUUGUCUACAACCUUGUCGUGAGCAAUGUCCAGAUUACGACCUCGGGCGCCCCGACGUAUAUCCGCAUGGAGGAUGCCAACAUCGGCGUUUGGACCGCCGACACAGUCAACCAAGAAAUCGCACAGACCAGAUUCGUCGGCUAUACAUCUGACUCUGCCGCAAAUGUCAAUCCCAUCAAGAUCUACGCCAUUGAGUACGACCCGUGCACUGGCGAGGCCGUCGAUCGUGAGAUCGCGGGUGUGAGCGUGCCCGGCACCGAGGUCCGCAACAAGUUUGAGUACCGCAUCAAGGCGACUCAAAACGACAACUACGCCCGCGAGUACCGCGUCGUCGCCGGCACCGGCACCGUGAAGACCAAGAACGGUAUCAUGGCCGGCCAAUAUGUCAUGCCUGUCUCGGAAUGGAUCCAGCCCGAAGACUCCGUCCCCGGUCGCCCUCCCAGCCCGCAUGACUUCCGCAGCUACGCCUUCUUGACCAAGGGACUGGGUCGCGAUGCCGAGGGCAACCUCUGGGGCCCGCUGAACCCCUUCCCCCAGACUGGUGCCACCCUCUACGACAACUCCAAGUGCCCUCCCGCUACCACCCCUACCACUGGCACCGGCACUGGCACUGGAACAGGUACUGGAACCGGCACAAGCACAACCCCUGCCACCGCUGCCAGCAGCUCCGCGGCGGCCGUCAAGUACAAGGAUGUCGUGACGAUGCCCACCUUCAACUGGGUCUCAUCCCAGAGCGGCACCCUCACCGUCGGCUGCCAGUCCAACAGCACCGACGAUGCCGCGGUCGCGAUGAAGCUGAGCUACACCAACAAGGACGGCACUACCACCGGCCUCGCCAUGACCUCCGGCGGCAAAGGUCUCUGGAACUUCAAUAGUAACAAGAUCAAGCAGCCCACAACUGGAACGGUCAUUUGCAAGAGCGGUCUUGGCGGCCAGGUAGCGCGCUGA